CUUGACUUGAAGAGACUUAUUUCUGAUGGGAAGAAAAAUCUUGUUCAUUUUUUCACUUAUUUUUUUAUGUGUGGGAUUUUCACUAACUUUGGACCAGAUACUUGCCAGGAAGAAUGUAAGUUUCCUCUCUCGAACAUCUUCAGUUAAAGAAGUGGUCACAAACAGUGAUCAGCACAGUAAUGGAACUAUGAAAACAAUACAGAAUUUCACAGCAAAAGCAAUUACACAGGCUCUUCGCUACAAUCUGAGCACACAAGGACAUUUAGAAAAAGUGCCUUGGAAUGCAUUCAGCCAUCACAGCCCAGUUAAUGUCUCUAACCAUGGAAUUCCUUGCAUUCUCUUCUGGGCCAAAAGAAUAACAAUUAAAUUUAAGAACCAGACCCAGUUGGACCUUACAGAUGAGGCUUUUGGCCAGAAGGCAACAGUGGAUGCUGACAACUCAAAUUGCAGUGAAGAAAGUGCCAUGUUGUCUCUGAAGUUUGUUGAUGUUGAGAAUCUCAAAGGUUUAGAUCUAAGAUUCAUCCUUACCAAUUACAACAAGUUGUCCAUGCAGAGCUGGUUUAGUGUGCGCCGAGUGGAGAUUAUUUCUAAUAACUCAAUCAAAGCAACUUUCAAUGCAACUGACAUUUAUGCCCCAUCAAGUUAUUCUUAUCACUGCCAGCACGUCAGCAAUCUCCAGAGAUACGAUGCCCUCUUGUUGCCCAGUGACACGGAUGAUAUGUCAAGCCUGUGGGAAGUCACUUUUGUUGAUUUUCAGAUCCAAGGCUUUACCAUCAAGGGGGGGCAGUUUGCCAAAGCCCGAGACUGUGCCUCUUCCUUCUCACCAGCCAUUCUGAUUGGCCUGGCCAUGUCCCUGAUCCUGUUGCUGGUGCUGGCCUAUGCCCUUCACAUGCUCAUCUACCUGCGAUAUUUGGACCGGCACUACGAUUUCAUUGCCUCUCCUACACACUUACCUCAGUUGAAAUCUCGAGAUGCAGCUGAAGAAAAGGAGUUGCUGAGGAGCCAGGGAGUUGAAUGCUAUGAACUGAGAAGCCAACAGAUCUGCAAAAUUUAUAUUUAACAGCAUGGACUCCCUCUCCUAUUCAAAGCUUACACUGAAAUCUUUUUGUUUUUUGUUUCUUUUGAUUUGGGGUUUAAGAAUCUUGUUGAAUGACUUGCUUAAAAAUAAAUAAAGAAAACACAAAGUGAA